UGUUUGUGUGACUCUUCACUUGGUCAGUAAGUUAUAUAAUGAAUAGCUUGAUGAGGCAUAAUGUGCCUUAUCUGCCCCAAUUUAUUGCUUAAGAUAAAAGCCCAAAUAAAGUCCAAAGUAAAGACAUGUUAAUUCCAAUACUGAGGGCUGGGCAAGUCAUAUAGAUAUAAAUCUGUUUUUAUGCAAGAAUUUUGAAACAAUCAUCAGGUAGAAGCAUUCAUUGAGACAGGAAGAAAGAGAACACAUUAGCCCAGCACACAAUGAUUUUACCUGAAAUAUUUCCCAUCUCUUAAUGGCAAUAUUACCCUAAAAAAGCAUGAACUGUACCUUAGAAAAGGUCCUGGCAGAUGCCAAGUCAUUAGUGGAGAGGCUACGUAACCAUGACAACGCGGCUGAGAUGUUAAUCGAACAGACAACAUCGCUAAACAAGCGCGUGGAAGCCAUGCAACAGUACCAGGAGGAGAUUGACUCAUUGAACCAGGUAGCGCGACAUCGUCCUCGUUCUAGUCUGGUCCUAGGAAUCCAACAGGAAAACCGUCAGAUCAGAGAUCUCCAGCAGGAAAACAAAGAGCUACGAACGUCGUUAGAAGAACACCAGUCUGCGUUAGAGCUCAUCAUGACCAAAUACAGGGAGCAGGUGUUCAGGCUCUUAAUGGCCAGCAAGAGAGAUGACCCCACCAUCGUGACACAGCUGAAGGAGCAGCACACCACGGAAAUGCAAGCACACAUAGACAAGAUCAAUGAGAUGGCCUCUGUGAUGAGGAAGGCGAUAGAGGUGGACGAGGGACGAAUAUGUGAAGACGAGGAGAGGAUUAAACAGCUAGAGCUGGAGAACAGCGGCCUCCGAGAGCUGCUGGGUAUCAGUCGCGAGGCUUUCCUGGUUCUGAAGAGAGAAGACGCAUCAGAGAACACGUCACUGUCGCCGUUGCUGACCAGCGCCGACGUCAGCUUACGAAAGAAUUAGAGAGCCCAUGGUGACCGCCCAGCCAUGCCCCCACUGCUGCUGCCACUACUGUGUACAGUCUCUUGCCACAUACCCUUUCAUCUUUCUCCCUACAGAUUCUGUACUUUCCCCAUUUACUGCAUCCUCGUCUGGUGAUUCAGACACAAGCAGUGUGAAACAUCUUUCUCAUUUUGUUUUUGUUGGUACUUCUGUUAUGUUUGAUAAUUUUGCCAGCAUGCAUGAGUCUGUGGUGCCUGCAAGGUUUUAAUGUAUGAAUGGGUAAAAGGAGGGCUUGAGUUAAAAAUAAAUCUAUAA